AUGGCUUCCUCGUGUCUCGCCGAAGUGCCUGUCGCCUUCUGCAGACAACGACCAGAAGGAGAAGGACGCACUGACUCAGGAUUUCUGCAGAUUACUCCCAGGGCGUCUCGCUUCCUCCGCCGGAUCCUCGGUGGCGGAGGACUCAAGUACAGGAGACGCAACGAUCAAAAGGGAAUCAGGCGCGGGAGGCCACGCAGAAGGACGCGCUCGCUGGGGGAAGAUUUUGAGGGCUUUGCUAAACGGAUUCGACGUGGCCGAGGCAUCCCCGUGGACAACCAGAACUUCGUCCACCUGGUCGCCUGCACGCAGCUCAUGUCCCGCGAACUGCGCAAGUGCAAGCGCCUCGUGCAGACGAUGCCCGUCGACAUGACCGAGUAUUACGAGAACAAGCCGGGUCCGUCAGGCAUGGGCGGUCUGGGCGUGAUCUCGCAGCUGCUGCUGUGCAAGACCCUGCAGCCGGACUUCCAGCAGGAGGAGGUCUGCAGCAUAGAGAAGGACAGCGACGACAUCAACGCCAUCCUGAAGGAGAUGCAGGAUUACAUGCCGCAGGAGGACGCCGCCAACAGGAACCUGGCCCUCACGGGCGAGGACAUGUUCAGCCUGUGGAGCAAGAAGCGGACGCGACGCUCCCUGUACCGCAACAUGAGCGCGUUAUGCUGCACCUGCAAGCCGGCUUACUUGUAAUGCGCCAGAGUCUAGUUCUCGCGCCACUCCACCGCCACACUCCAUCACUCCACUCGGUGUAGCGCCUCCCACCUCGUGACUCCACCUCUCGCCCUCCUCUCGCCCUCCACGCGCCCAGCCACUCCCGCGCCCGCGUCUCCUCGCUAGGAAGCCAAGGACCCCGUCUGCGUCGACGCCCUCCCGCGAGCAGCCCCGCCAGGAGUCCUCCGAGCGGCCCUCGCCGGCGCCGAGGCACUCCCGGGGCCCCCUCCCCCUCCCCGUGGCAUCCGG